AUGUGGAAUGUCAGACCUCCCAUUCAAACAUUCCCAAGCACAAGUUCAUACCCCCCCGCAUCCGCGGUCUCCAUGACACGAUCAUUAUCUACAGCAUAUGUGCCUCCAGAUUGGCCAGGAGAGCGCCCAAGAACCUGGAGACAUGGCUUCAAAUUCAAGUCGGGUAUUUCAUCCCUGCUAUUCCGAAGAAAGUCUGUAUCAAGACUAGCCGAUGCCACCGAUAGCGCCCGGUUCAGACUUGAUCCGAUCCUGCGAGACGACAAAGAUGUGAUCCUUGAUCUCCGUCGCAGCCAACAUUCCCUUAUAAUUCGAGAGCUGGGGCGCCCAGUAGUCGCAAACGACUUGAUGGGACCCUGCACAAACCCACCGACAGUGUUCAUGCGUCUCUAUCACACGCGCUUACCGUGGUACAUCGACGUUGUGCCGUCAGGUAAUGGCUCCUACGUCACGCUGGGAGACUUGUUCAUGAAUAUAUGCCAAUCCCUCGCUCGACCGAUACACCACGAGGAUUACUACAACGAUGAGCUAGAUGCCGAUGACAGGGAAGAGCUUAAGCAGACGUGGCAGAAGCGUUGUAGCAGCAAGAAAGAACGUAUGGAAGGGGUGAAGCAGGUUGAUUUUUUGCGAGAAAAGUACAUGUUUCUGGGGUUGACUCGCGGAAAAAACGGCAUGUGGCAGCUGAGUACAGGAAAAGGGUACCCAUAG